AUGGCGCUGCUGCUGGGGGGGGGCGGCCGCUGCGACCCCCUCCCGCGCUUCCUGUGCACCCCCCUGCCGCCGGGCGCGGAGCCGGGCUGCUCCUCCUCGCACGAGGGUUUGCACGAGGGUUUGCACGAGGGCUUGCACGAGGGCUUGCACGAGGGCGCGCGCAGCACCAUCCUGCGGCUGCGGGAGGCGCUGGUGCAGCAGCGGGAGGCGGCGCUGGAGCUGGCGGCCAAGCUGGGCCGCUGCGAGGCCUUGCACGAGGAGGGCGCGGCCUUGCACGAGGACGGGGCCUUGCACGAGGACGGGGCGGCCUCGCACGAGCGGGCGCUCGCGGGGCUGCGGCAGCGGCUGCAGCAGCUGCAGAGCCGCAACGUGUCGGGGCUGCGGGAGGCGCUGCAGAAGAAGAUCCGGCUGCUGGAGCUGCAGCUGCAUCCCCACGGCAACGGCAGCCAGCCCCACGGCAGUGCCCGCGGGCACCACGGCACCCAUCACCAUGGCACCCACCACGGCACCCAUCACCAUGGCGACCACGGCACCCACCAUGGCACCCACCACGGCACCCACCACGCUCACCAUGGCGACCACGAGAAGCACGGCGGCCACCACGAGGGGCUCCAUGGCAACCACCACGGUCACCAUGGCGACCACAGCAAGGCCGGGGACCACGGCCUCCUCCAUAGCAACCACCACGGUCACCAUGGCGACCACAGCAAGGCUGGGGACCACGACAUCCUCCAUAGCAACCAGCACGGUCACCAUGGCGACCACAGCAAGGCUGGGGACCACGGCAUCCUCCAUAGCAACCACCAUGAGGGGCUCUAUGGCAACCACGGUCACCAUGGCGACCACAGCAAGGCUGGGGACCAUGGCAUCCUCCAUAGCAACCAGCACGGUCACUAUGGCGACCACAGCAAGGCCGGGGACCCCGCCAAGGUGCACGGCAUCCUCCAUAGCAACCACCACGGGCACCAUGGCGACCACGCCGAUCACCAUGGCAACCACAGCAAGGCUGGCGACCAUCACCAUCACCUCCACGGCCUCCUCCAUAGCAACCUCUAUGGUCACCAUGGCAACCACCAUCCCCAGCACCACAGCAAGCACAACAACAAGCCCUUUGAGGAUCACCAUGGCAACCACGCCGGGUAUCCCCAUGGCAACCACUACGGGAACCAUGGCAACCACCACGAGGAGCAUCACUGGGGCCAUCGCCAUGGCGACCACGAGGCCCAUGAGGAGGAGGAGGACCACGACGACCCCGAGCACCAUGGGGACCCCAAGGACAAGGACAAAGACAAAGCCCCCCCCGGGGGGUUCCGGGUCUCGUUCCCGCUCCGCACCAACUACAUGUUCGCGCGGGCACGGGGCCCGGUGCUGCAGCGCCCCCUGGCGGCCGUGUCCGCCUGCCUGUGGCUCCGCCCCGGGGCGGGGCCGGGCGGGGGGGGCGCCCCCCCCCUCGGGACCCCCUUCUCGUACGCGGCGCCCGGGCAGCCCAACGAGCUCGUGCUGCUCGCGUGGGGGGGGCGGCCCCUCGAGCUGCUCGUCGAUGACCAGGCGGUGCCGCUGUCCCUGUCGCCCACCCCGGGGCGGUGGCACCACGUGUGCGUCACGUGGUCGGCGGCGGGCGGCGCGUGGCGGAGCUUCCAGGACGGGGCCCCCCGCGGGAGGGGGGCGGGGCUGGCGCCGGGGCACGCGCUGCGGCCGCACGGGGUCCUCGUGCUGGGGCAGGAGCAGGACGCGCUCGGGGGCCGGUUCGACGCCACGCAGGCGUUCGUGGGGGACGUGUCGGCGCUGGAGCUGUGGGGCCGGGCCCUGGCGCCCGCCGAGGUGGCGGCGCUGGCCGCGUGCGGCGCGCGCCCCCGCGCGGACCUGCUGGCCUGGGCGCGAGCCGCGCUCGAGCUGCACGGGGGGGUCACGGCGCUGCCCUUCGAGCCCUGCGCCUGAGCACCCCCCCCCCCGCGGGACACCCCCCCCCCCGCGGGACACCCCCAUGGAACCGCCCGGCACACAAUGGGAUUCCACCCCCCCCGGCCAUGGGACAUUCCCAUCCCCUUAACCCCCCCCCAUGGGACAUCCCAAUGGAUACCCCCAAAGAGACCCCCCCACCAUGGGACACCCUCAAUGUGACAUUCCCAUCCCCUUAACCCCCCCCCAUGGGACACCCCCAAUGGGUACCCCCAAAGAGAGCCCCCGCAUGGGACAUCCCAAUGGGACACACACCCCCCCCGCGGGACACCCCCAGUGGGACGUUCCCAUCCCCUCAACCCCCCCCCCCAUGGGACAUCCCAAUGGGUACCCCCAAAGAGACCCCCCCCCCAUGGGACAUCCCAGUGGGACCCCCCCCCCAUGGGACACCCCCAAUGGGAAAUUCCCAUCCCCUUAACCCCCCCCCCAUGGGACAUCCCAAUGGGUACCCCCAAAGAGACCCCCCCCAUGGGACAUCCCAAUAGGAACCCCAAAGAGACCCCCCCCAUGGGACACCCCAAUGGGACAUUCCCAUCCCCUGAUCCCCCCCCAUGGGACACCUCCAAUGCGACCCCCCCAUCCUCUGGAUAGCCCCAAAAGGAGCCCCCCCCCAUCCCCAUGGUCCAUAUUUGGGGUCCCAGCCUGCCCCUGACCCCCCUCCCCCAGACAAUGGGACCUUCCCCAAAGAGCCCCCCCCAUCCCUGGGGUCCACAUUUAGGGGUCCCAUCCUGUCUCUGACCCCCCCCCCAAAUCGACCCCAUAGGGGGGACCCCCAAUACUUGGGUCACCCCUUUGGGGGGGGGGCGCCUCAUUCACCCCCAAAAUGGUGUUUUUUCCCCUCAAAACAUGGAAUAAAACCUGACAUGAA